AUGGCUGGAGCCAUUCGUCAACCGAUCGAUAUCCCAGCCCUCGAGCGGUACAUUGACCAGAAUGUGCCUGUGAUCAAGACACCGUUGGAGGUGAAGCAGUUUGGCUUUGGCCAGUCGAACCCGACGUACCAGCUUAUCGCCGCUGAUGGUCAUAAAUUCGUCAUGCGCAAGAAGCCACCAGGCAAACUGCUGUCGAAAACUGCACACAAGGUGGAACGGGAAUAUAAGAUAAUCCAUGCCUUGGAGAACACGGAUGUGCCUGUCCCCAAGGCAUACUGUCUCUGCGAGGAUAGCAGUGUCAUUGGGACACCCUUUUACAUCAUGGAGUUUCUGGAUGGGAGGAUAUUCACCAACCCGGCCAUACCAGAAGUUUCUCCGGAGGAGAGGACUCUUCUGUGGAAAGAUGCCGUUCGCACCUUGGCCAAGUUCCACCGCGUUGAUCCCAAGGCCGUCGGGUUGGAAAGCUUUGGAAAACCGACAGGGUUUUAUGAUCGGCAGAUCGCCACGUUUACAACGAUAUCCAAGGCCCAAGCUCAAGCUGUCGAUGUCGAAACCAAGGAGCCGGUCGGAGAUCUCCCCCAUUUCAUGGAGAUGGUGCGCUUCUUCCAAGACAAGGCCGCCCAACCCAAGGACCGAGGUACUCUUGUCCAUGGUGACUACAAGAUCGACAAUAUGGUUUUCCAUAAAACCGAACCCCGUGUCAUCGGUAUCCUAGACUGGGAGAUGGCGACGGUGGGACAUCCUCUCUCGGACUUUAGCAAUCUUACUAGUCCGUACUUCCUCGAAGGCACAGAGUACCAGGCGGACAGUUUUAAGCCCGGAGUCGUUCCAGGGCUACCCGCACGUGAGGACUGCUUGCGGUGGUAUAGCGAAUACGCUGGAUGGGAUCCAACUCCAGAAGUCAUUUGGGGAGAUGCGUUCUUUUCUUGGCGGAGUUCGGUCAUCAUGCAGGGAAUCAAAGCCCGAUAUGCGCUGAGACAGGCCAGCAGCGCGCGAGCCGCAGAGUAUGCCCAAAAGAUGGUGCCCUUUGCAUUGUCUGCGUGGGAGCGAGUGGAAAAGGUGCAGAAGUCCCUUCGACAAAAGGGCAAGCUGUAA